UAGGAACAGUUGCUGUAGAACUUUAGUGAUUAUCCAGCUUGCAGAGAACCUUCCUUCCAUUCUAAUUAAGGGAGAGGGAAAUAUCACCCUAGCAUUGCAAGAUGCAAGAGCCAGUUUCUGGAGACCCCAAUGCAGUCCCUCCCCCAAGUCAUGCAACUACAACAAACCCUGCAGCUAACCCCCGGCGAAUGCGACGGAUUAUUGCUGAGGAUCCCGAGUGGAGUCUUGCCAUAGUUCCACAGCUCUCAGAGCUCUGCAUCCAGUGCAUAAUCAACAACUUUGAAAAGAAUCCAAUUUUGCAUAGCCUCCUUCCUGAGCACCAAAAGAAGGUGCUGGACAAGAUCUCUACAAGUCUACCCCUCACUGUGACCGCUAACCUGAUUAGUGAUGAAGGCUAUUGGAAACGGUGCUGCACUGAGAGAUGGACAGUUUGUGAUGUGUCCCGUUAUGGAAACAGCUGGAAACGAAUGUUUUUUGAACGUCACUUGGAGAAAAUUUUGAAGUUCUACAUUCCAGACACCACUAGCCCAAAUGAAGUCCUGAAUAUCAUCCCACUCUGCAAGGACUAUGUGAGGAAGCUGGAGAUUGACCAGUUCCUUCCACCAGUAAAACUUGAUCAGAAGAAAGAAGAUGAAGAUGUGUCUGAUAAUGAAAGUGAUGCUGGAAUAGAUGAACCUUCCAUGGACCAUUUUGAUAUGAGUAUGCUCACUCCAGCACUCUGUCAACUUGAAGAGCUGCACCUAUCUUAUGGUGUAAAAGAUUGCGGCAUGAAUUUUGAGUGGAAUCUUUUUGAGUUCACCUAUAGGGACUGCUGCUCACUGGCCAAUGCUCUUAAGAAGUGUCCGACUCUAAAAGUCUUCAAACUGUCCCGAAGCAAAGUGGAUGAUGAUAAAGCCCGGAUGCUGAUCCAUCAUCUAUUAGACCAUCCCUCACUGAUAGAACUAAACUUAUGCCACAAUCUGAUUGCAGACCGGGGAGCACGAGCUGUUGGCAAGCUGAUUAACCGCAGCAAGAUGUUAACCCUUAACCUUUGUGAUAACAGGAUCCGAGUUCAAGGAGCCCAGGCUAUUGCUCAUGCCCUGUCCAAGAAUUCCACCCUGACAUCCCUAAAUCUGCGUCUCAACUGCAUCGAGGAUGAAGGAGGCCAAGCCAUUUGCCAUGCACUCCUGGUGAACAACACAGUGACGACUCUUCAUUUGGGUGGGAAUGAGUUGUCGGAGCCAACAGCCACCCUUUUCUCUCAAGUCUUGGCUCAGAACACAGCUCUGACUCACAUCAACCUCUCCUGCAAUCACAUUGGGCUAGAUGGAGGAAAGCAGCUGCUGGAAGGCAUGACUGAUAACAAGACUGUAGUGGAAUUUGACCUGAGACUGGCAGAGGUGGGACAAGAGAGUGAGUACCUCAUUAACCAGGCCAUAAAGACCAACCAAGAACUAGCUCGUCUCAAAAGCAUACAUCAUUCAAGUUCCACACAUGGCUCACAUACUCUGGAAGAAAAAACAUCCUGAGCUAGUCUAACAUUCCCAGUAUUUUUGUCAUCACCUUCACCCAUGUCUGAUUAAACAUAUUU